CACGACUGUUCACAGGUUUUGCGAUUAUGUGGAGGUGUGAGGGGAAAGAAAUGAUAAAAUAAAUAAUAUCAAUAGAAAGAACAACAGCUACUAGUUACUACAAACAGUCUAUCUCUAUAAGCAGUAUAAGCCCACAAGGACAAACUAAAGUACUAAACACUAAACAGUAUUAUCUCUUGUGAUAUUUGCAUAAUUCAUAAUAACUUCGCUAGAUAAAGGGAAAAAAUCAUUGACUGCUUUUCUUACCUACCUACGUCGCAGUUAUUAGUUUAUUUUUAAUACAUGUGUACGUACGAAGAAACAUUCGACCGUCGACAAUAUAAUAAUUUGUAUACACCAGCGAGUUUAGUAAUGGUUACGUAAGUUGUCGUGUUUUUUUGUCGAGAAUUUUGUAUUUCAAUCGACUCAUAAUUUUCAUUAUUAGUCUUUUGAUUGGAUUGAAUUAGAACCAUUGUGUUUUCCGAACUAACUACGACGAACGCACAUUCUUAGUUUCGUCCACAUUCGACACAAUGGCUGACCUGAUGUUUGAUUAUCAAUUCCGUUUGAUACUAAUCGGCGACAGUACGGUGGGCAAGAGUUCACUGUUAAAAUUUUUCAAUGAUGGUAAAUUCGUCGAGGUAUCUGAUCCAACGGUUGGCGUUGAUUUCUUUGCUAGAACAAUACAAAUACCUAGCGGUCCACGAAUAAAAUUACAGUUAUGGGACACAGCUGGUCAAGAGCGAUUUAGAUCAAUUACAAAAUCCUACUAUCGAAAUUCAGUAGGUGCUCUAUUAAUUUAUGACAUAACAAAACGAGCCAGUUUUGAUCAUAUACCUAUUUGGAUGAAUGAUGCCAAACGACACAUUGAACCUCAUCGGCCCGUAUUUGUCUUAGUUGGGUGCAAAUUAGAUUUGGUAAAUAAUGGUGCUGGUAAGAGGGAAGUGACUGAAGAAGAGGCCAAACAAUUUGGUGCAGAACAUAAUAUAUUCACUGUUGAAACAUCUGCAAAAACUGGUUCUAAUGUUGAAUUGGCAUUUUCUKCUAUUACCCAAGAAAUUUAUCAGAGGAUAAAGAGUGGUGAAUACCAAAUGGAAGAAGGUUGGGAUGGCAUUAAAAGUGGCUAUUCACAUCAUUCAGCUAACAUUGAUUUCAACAACUAUAUUGAAGCUGAACCAGCUAAGUCAUGCUGUUAAAA